AUGACCGAACGUACUAAGCUCGUGGUUCGCCAUCUACCACCCAGCCUACCCGAGGAAGUUUUUUGGAAAACCGUUUCGCGUUGGUUGGAACCGACCCCUCGAGAGGAUGGUACAAUCGACCCUCCUAAGUGCACCGCUACUUUCAAAUCAUACGUACCCGGUAAGGUCAGGCGAAAUAAAACGAAAGUCGAGAUUCCUUCUCGAGCUUAUAUUCAAUUCGCAACUCCUGACCAAGUCGUCGAAUUCCACCAGGGCUACGCCAACCAAGCUUUUCGGGAUAGUCAUGGCAAUUUAACUUUCCCCAAGGUGGAAUUCGCUCCCUACCAAAAGGUCGCAGGUCCGCCCAAGAAGAUUGACAACAGGAUUGGGACGAUAGAUACAGAUCAUGAAUAUCAAGCAUUCCUCGAGGGGCUUAAUGCGACAGGCGCCCCUGAGCCUAGCACUAGUGCUAACAAUCCUGAUCCAGCAGUGGAAAAAGUCGAGCGGCCCGAAAUUACCCCGUUGAUCGAGCAUCUUCGCACUGCCCGUAAGGCUGCACAAGAGGCCGCAGCGACUGCUAAACAACAAAGGAAUGCAGCCAAUUCUAGCAAGUCCACAUCUGGCCGUCCCUUUGCCGCUCCACCUCAAAUUAUGAAAAGGGAGACGGCCAACAGUGGAAACAAGACCGCAGCCGACUUGCCAUCACGGAAAUCAGAUAAUCCCGCACCCCAUGAUACACCUCCUCAUAUGUCCAAUUCGGCGCCCCCGCCUUCCAAAGGAGCUAAGCAAACGGGCAAGUCUUCGUCUACAGUGCCCCCACCAACUACUCAAGCUGCGUCUGCCGGUCCCAAUGCGAAGUCUCGUCCAAAUAAGCCGCCCAAAUCCAAACGGGCUGGACGCGGAGCGGAAGAUCAAUCCACCCAUUCGCCGGCAACCGAAGCUCAAGGUAAAAGCUUAGCGCCUACGCAACCGAAGAUGAUUCUGCAACCUCCCAAACCAAGCGAGUCCAAAGCCGAGAAACCGAGUGCAACGUCUACAAGCAAAAACCCAAGCCAAAGCCCGUCCAAAGCAGGCAACUCCAGUGGAAAGAAGCAGGGAUCGUCUCUAGCUGAGCAAGCUCCGAGUGCUCAGAAUGGUCAGGCCAAAACUCCCAACUCGGCCCGUGAAGGCUCAGGUGGAUCCAAAAAGCCCGCGCGAGGAGGAGGGGCGGCCGGUCGAGGAGGCAAGGGGAAGAAGGCAAGCAGCGCAGCCGGCAACCCGACUUCUCAACCGACCGAGCCAUCGGCACCACCCCCAUCCUCAUCAGCUACCCCUGCAACCCAGAAAGGCAAGAAUCAUGAACCUGCCAAGACUGAACCUAGUAGUAGCGAGACAGCCGCUGCCCGUAGGAGAUUGGGAAACGCCUUGGCUGGGAUCACUUCUAAACCAGACCGAGCUCCUAGGAAAAAGCAAAACUCUAAGCCCGCUCCUUCCUCCUCCUCCAACCCUCCGCCUGCAGAGUGA